GGCUUAUGCCUAUAAACUGCUUUAGAUAAGUUAAGUAAAAUGAGCUCAAUUAUUUUUUUAAAUUUAUUUUAAACACAAAAUAAUUUUAAGUUAACCAGCCAAACACUCAAAAAAACUGAAAACAGCUUAUAACCAACUUAUAAGUCAAUCCUUAAAUUUGAAACUGAGAGGGACUAUAAAACUUUAAUGUAGCGACAGUUUCAAUGUUUUUUGUGCUCACAAAAACUAAUAGCGGAACAGCCAAAAACUCAUAAAGCUUUAAAGUUCUACUGUUUCUCAUUGAUGCAACGCUUAUUCUUUGUUCAAUGUCGGAAAUACUGUUACACUCAUGCAAUUGCAUCAAAUUCUCAGAUUUCUCAUUUCGCUCGUUUGGGCCAAAUUCAGAAUGCCCGAAAGGCGUUCGACGAAAUGCCCAACAGAACUGUAACUUCUUGGAACUCUAUAAUCGCUGGGUAUUUCCAAAAUCACCAACCCCAUGAAGGCCAGUGUCUAUUUAAUGAAAUGCCUGAGAGAAACAUUGUUUCCUGGAAUGGGUUAAUCUCAGGUUAUGUAAAGAAUAGGAUGGUGAAUGAAGCAAGAAAGGUGUUUGACAAAAUGCCUCAAAGAAAUGUUAUUUCUUGGACUGCUAUGGUUAGAGGAUAUGUUGAGGAAGGGUUAGUUGAGGAAGCAGAAAAACUGUUUUGGCAAAUGCCUGAAAAGAAUGUCGUGUCGUGGACUGUGAUGUUAGGUGGUUUAAUUCAAGAAAGGAGAAUUGAUGAGGCUAGAAAGCUUUAUGAUAUGAUGCCAGUAAAGGAUGUAGUUGUAAGGACUAAUAUGAUAUGUGGGUAUUGUCAAGAAGGUAGGUUGGAUGAGGCUCGCCAUCUUUUUGAUGAUAUGCGAAAAAAGAAUGUGGUUUCUUGGACUGCUAUGAUAUCAGGAUAUGCCCAAAAUGGUAAACUGGAUAUUGCUAGGAAACUAUUUGAAGUCAUGCCUGAGAAGAAUGAGAUCUCAUGGACUGCAAUUGUAAUAAGUUAUGUGCAAUAUGGUAGAUUUGAAGAGGCGUGGAAGCUUUUCGAAGUGAUGCCUGUAAAAACAACUCCUGCUUGUAAUGCCAUAAUACUUGGAAUAGGACAGAAUGGAGAGGUUGCUAAGGUGAGGAUGGUGUUUGACCUUUUGAAGGAGAAGGAUGAUGCAACAUGGAGUGCAAUGAUCAAGGUUUAUGAAAGGAAGGGGUAUGAGUUAGAGGCGUUGGAUUUGUUUCAUCGAAUGCAAGUAGAAGGAUUUAGGCCAAAUUUCCCUUCGUUGAUAAGCAUACUUUUAGUUUGUGCUAGUCUUGCAAGUCUUGAUUAUGGUAGAGAGAUACAUGCACGGUUAAUCAGAACCCACUGUGAUGAUGACGUGUAUGUCUCCUCUGUAUUAGUCACGAUGUACAUCAAAUGCGGUGAUUUCGUCAAGGCCAAAUUAAUAUUUGAUAGAUUUUCUCCAAAAGAUGUGGUCAUGUGGAAUUCUAUUAUAACAGGUUAUGCUCAACAUGGUUUAGGAGAUGAAGCGCUAGAAGUGUUCAGAGAAAUGUCGGUGAAGCGCCCGCUUUCCUGAACACUGCCAGACGAGGUUACCUUCGUUGGAGUUUUAUCCGCGUGCAGCUACACUGGGAAAGUGAAAGAAGGGAAAGAUAUCUUUGAGUCCAUGAAUUCAAAAUAUCAGAUGGAGCCAGGAACUGCACAUUAUGCUUGCAUGGUUGACAUGCUUGGUCGAGCUGGCCGGUUGGAUGAGGCAAUGGAUCUGAUCAACAAAAUGACUGUAGAAGCAGAUGCAAUUAUUUGGGGUUCUUUGAUGGGUGCAUGUAGGACGCAUAUGAACCUAGAUUUGGCAGAAGUUGCUGCAAAGAAACUUUUAAAGCUUGAACCCCAAAAUUCUGGGCCCUAUGUCCUACUUUCUAAUAUUUAUGCAUCCAAAGGUAAGUGGGCUGAUGUUGCUUCUCUUAGGAAGUCGAUGCAGUCAAGGGAAGUGGUUAAAUCACCUGGUUGUAGUUGGCUUGAGGCAGACAAAAAUGUUCAUAUGUUCACUGGUGGACAAAGCACACCCCAUCCCGAGCAUAAAUUGAUCAUCAAAAUGUUAGAAAAAUUGGGGCCUAAGUUAAGAGAAGCUGGAUAUAUUCCUGAUGGAAGUUUUGCUUUGCAUGAUGUGGAUGAAGAAGAGAAGAUGCAUAGCUUGAAUUUUCACAGUGAGAAACUAGCUGUGGCUUAUGGACUUCUUAAAUUGCCUGAAGGUAUGCCCAUACGAGUAAUGAAAAAUCUUCGGGUUUGUGGUGAUUGUCAUUCUGCUAUUAAAAUAAUCGCUAAAGUCACAGGACGAGAGAUAAUUCUGAGAGAUGCCAACAGAUUUCACCAUUUUAAGGAUGGAGUAUGUUCUUGCAAGGAUUAUUGGUGACUGCGCUGUUACUUGUGUGCAUAAUUCAUAAAAUGCAGCUUUGGUGCUGUGGUCACCGUCAGUGGUGAGAAUUCAUCUAGCAGCCAACUCUAUACAUUCAUUUUUAAUAGAUUAUGGAAGAGUAUCAUAAAACCCACUAAUGGUGAGCAUAUCAUAUCAAGUUACCGGAGAUAUAGUGUAUGCUGUGUUUGUAGAACAAAUAUAGAGGAUUAUGUUGUCAUGACUUUGCUAAUUUUUUUAUUUUACUGACAUUAGUUGUGUGAGGUUUUUUUUUUCUCACAAAAAAGUGGACCCAAAAAUGUAAGAUUUGGGUCCACUUUUUUUGCGAGACAAAAUGAAACCUAUGUUAGUUGUGUGUGUAACACCCCGUACCUUUAACGAAAGUUUUGACCACGAUCCUAGACUUAGAAAAUCAAAUAAAGAAUGUGGGAAUUGAAAUUUUCCUGUUCAGUUGUGAUAUGGUGGUUUACGCCCAUGAACAGUGGUCGUAUUCCAAUUUACGCCCAUGAACAGUGAUCGUAAACUGAAACCAAGAAUUUCUGAACAUUCUGGAAUUUGACAUUUUGAGGUCAUAUGGUUAAAUACGGACCGUAUAUCACUUUACGACCCGUAUUUCAAAACGUAUUUGGAAUUUGGGAAAACUCCCUUGAUGAAAGUUGUAGAGCAUUGAAAUACCUUUCCAACGGUAUCUUACGGGGGUCAAACGGACAUCUGUGCAAAGAGUUAUGGUCAUUUUACUGAAGAGACGCAGUGCAGUCCGUAUUGCAAAAUACGGGCCCAUAUUGCAGUUUACGACCCGUAAACUGAAAAUACGACCAGCACUGUUCAGGUCGUAAAUUGCAAUUUCACAGGACAGUAUAUAUUCAUCCAUACCAGUUCAACUCAUUAUUUUUCAUUCCUUCAAACCCUAGAACGACCUCCUACUCUCCUCCAACAUCAAGAACACCAAGGUAAGUCCAUUCUAAUUAUUCCAACUCAAUUCUAACAUAUAUCCUUGUAAUCUAAACAAGAAAUCAUCAUUCCUAAUCUAGGGUUUUCUCUCAAGAUUCAAGAUUUAGGAAAUCUUCUCCAAAAUCCAAAUCUUUAAUUCAAGUUUUGGAGCAAUUAAGGUAUGUAGAACUUCCAUCCACAUGUGGGAAUCUCUAUGUUCUUCCCCAUGCUUCGUUUCCUUGAUAUCCAUGAAGUUCAAAUCUUAGGGCAUUAAACCCAACAUAUUGGUAGCCCGUAUUUAAGUAUUUAUGUACAUGAAUUUUGUAUCUAUAUUCGUUGUUGUAUUCCUAAUCUUCCAUUAUGGUUAUUAGGAACCCUAGCUUAAUCCAUGAAUCAUGAAUUCUUCCUCAUGUGUUCUCAUUAUGUUCAUAUGAAACUUUAUGAUUUUAUUUUGCAAGUUAUAAUCAUGUUUCCAAGUCAAUUACAUAUAUAUGAUUAUGAACUAUUGUUAUUACUCAUGGAUCAAUACAGGACGAUAUACAGGACGACACAUCUGCUCAGUAAGACAACAUUUGUAUCAGCUUAUUGACAAAUAUCAAUAUCCGUGCUGCAGCUCAUGGUUGUUCAGAGUACAAUGUUACAGUAGUUGUUAAGCAAGAAGACUGUGUGAGGGCUUUACGUGCUGUGCACUCCAGAUUCUAUUUGUCAAGAACUACUAUUUCUGAAGGGAGUACAUUGCUUGACCAGCUCAAGGAUCAGUCAGCUGUCUUAAAGGAAAAAAAUUCAACAUUCACUUGCGCGUGAUGGGUAUGAUCGGAAUAGACUCAAUGCUAUUAAGCGGCAUUGGAACUCUGAGUUACAUAUUCAGUAACUUUACGGGAACAAGAGCUUUUAGCCAAGUGGUGAAGGAGGCGAAAGUGGCUGGUUAUACUGAACCAGAUCCAAGCAAUGACCUAUCUGGAACACAUGUUGCUAGGAAGGUGAUAAUUCUUGCUUGAAAAAGUGGAUUAGACCUAGAGCUUUCAGAUAUCCCUCAGAGCCUUGUGUGAGAACCAUUAAGGGCUACUGCAUCUGCCAGGACUUUUUGCUGAACCUGCCAAAAUUUGAUCAAGAUUUGUCUAAACAGAGGAAGGAGGCUGAAGAUGAGGGGGGAAGUAUUAAGGUAUGUUGGAGUAGUAGAUGUUGUCAAUGGAAAAGGCUCUGUUGAAUUGGGGAGAUACAACAAGCAGCAUCCAUUCACACAACUCUCUGGAUCAGACAACAUAAUUGCAUUCACACUGAAAGAUAUUGUAAGCAACCCCUAAUAGUUCGUGGUCCGGGAGCUGGGGCUGAAGUGACUGCAGGCGGAGUAUUCAGUGAUAUUGCGACUGGCCUCAUAUCUUGGUGCUCCGUCAUAAUUCAUGGACUUGCACAUACUCCUUAUUCCACGUUUUAUCAGUCAUCACCUGCUCCUAGUUGCAGUUAUAUAAUUUCAUGAUUAUUGUGAAUUUUAAGCAACUGAUAGUGUUGCUCAUUUUGUAACAUGGCACUUAUCAUCUAUUGGAAAUCGUAGGUUGCUUAUUUAGGAAUAAAUCUGAUGGUAUUAAAGCUGUAUCAUGGUCAUAAAUCAUGAUGGAUAUAUCGUGUAGAGGAUACACCUUGUUAGUGAAGCAUGGUGCUGUUGUAUAUCAAUUAAACUAAUUAACUGUUCCAGGCAUUGUAUCCUGUUGCUA